CAUGUUUAUGAAUACCCCGAAAGCGAUAAGCUGGAAGAAAACACGUCGCCGACUCGGAAUUCGAAGAAAGUUCAUUUCGGUGGCGACCGUCAACGAGCAUGGACCAGAUCAAGAACGGAUGGUUCAGUGAAAUCAACGAUUUAUGGCCCGGCCAGUGCAUGAGCCUCCAAGUUGAGGAGGUUCUAUACCACGAAAAAUCCGACUACCAGGAUGUCAUGGUCGUAAAAACAAAACACCACGGACGCGCACUUAUCCUCGACGGCAUAAUCCAGUGCACCGAACACGACGAAUUCUCCUACCAGGAGAUGAUCUCCUUCCUGCCCCUGUGCGCGCACCCCGCCCCCAGCAACGUGCUCAUCGUCGGGGGCGGCGACGGGGGCGUGGCCCGCGAAUGCCACAAACACCCCCUUGUUAAAAAAAUCGUCCAAGUCGAAAUCGACUCCAAAGUCGUUGACGCUAGCAAACGCUACCUCCCGUUCAUGGCCACAGGUUUCGCCUCCGAUAAACUCACCCUCAACAUUUGCGACGGUUUCAAAUACAUGGAACAACACAAGAACGCCUUCGACGUUAUUAUUACCGAUUCAAGCGACCCGAUUGGUCCAGCUGAGAAUCUUUUCACCGAAUCGUAUUUCAAACUACUGAAGGGGGCGUUAAAAGAAGGCGGGGUUAUCUGUAGCCAGAACGGGACCGUAUGGGCGGGGCUUGAUCACGUCAAACAAACGAUGAAUCAUUGUAAGAAAUUCUUUGAUACGGUCAAGUAUGCCGUGACUAGCGUUCCGACCUAUCCUUCGGGACAGAUCGGGUUUGUGGUGGCUGGGGGGCGGAGCGAUUUGACGGUUCCCCAAUUCAGGGUGGGGGAGAAGGAGGUGCGUGAGUUGGGGCUAAAGUAUUACAACGCCGAGGUGCAUACCGCAGCUUUUGUGCUUCCGAAUUUUGUCAAAAAAGUAUUGUACGAGUAACGAAUAAAGUGUUUUUUGUCUA